AAACAAUAAUUGGGAAAUAGGAGACCGCGUGGCUCAAUCGUUCUGACUAGUUUUUGCUUAAAAACUAUUUCUUUUUCCUUUGAUUUAGCAAUAACAUCUUUUGCUGACAAUUUACUUAUAUUUACUAUUGUAGUGAUUUACAGAAACAUUAAAAAGUAGUUUUUUGAGCAAAACAAUCGAAUUAUUGUGUAUUGAAAAUCCUAACCUAAAAAAAAACUUGUGGAAGACUCACUAAUCUCGGUGUGAAUAUAAAAAAGUGAUUUUCCCGGAAGUAAAACCCGCGAAUCCCACAAAAUGCCACAGAACGAGUAUAUGGAACGUCAUGCAAAGCUGCAUGGACGGCGGCUGGAUUAUGAGGAAAGGAAGCGCAAGAGGGAGGCACGUGAGCCAAAGAAGCGCUCCAAGAAGGCACGAAUGCUGCGGGGAAUCAAGGCGAAGAUUUUCAACAAGGAACGUCGCAAUGAGAAGAUUCAGAUGAAGAAGAAGAUCCAGGCGCAUGAGGAGAAGCGAAUCAAGAAGAGUGCUGAACAGGAGAAAGAUGGAGCACAUCCACAGUAUUUGCUGGAUCGUGGUGUACAGUCCAGUGCUAAGGUGCUGUCAAACAUGAUUAAGCAGAAGCGCAAGGAGAAGGCAGGAAAGUGGGAUGUCCCCAUACCCAAGGUUCGUGCUCAGAGUGAUGCUGAAGUCUUCAAAGUACUCAAGUCCGGAAAGACAAAGAGGAAAGCCUGGAAGAGGAUGGUGACAAAAGUUACCUUCGUCGGGGAGGAUUUCACCCGGAAACCCCCAAAGUUUGAGAGAUUCAUCCGCCCCAUGGCGUUGCGCUUCAAGAAGGCCCACGUAACACAUCCCGAACUCAAAGCCACAUUCUGCCUCCCAAUAAUUGGCGUCAAGAAGAAUCCCAGCUCACCGAUGUUCACGAGUUUGGGCGUUAUAACGAAGGGUACAGUCAUUGAAGUGAAUAUCUCAGAACUUGGUCUUGUGACACAAUCCGGGAAGGUUGUCUGGGGGAAAUAUGCUCAAGUGACGAAUAAUCCGGAAAAUGAUGGAUGUAUUAAUGCUGUACUUCUCGUUUAAAUCUCCCCAACAACGCUUUGUUUUUUUAUAAUAAAAAGAAAAUAAUUUAAAAAAUAA